CUGCGCUAUAAAUUGAUGUCCCUCUCCAUCUCAAUCACAGGCAGCUAUACCGCCUAUAAGUGAUUCUUGUUCUUGUUCUCGUUUAGAAAGAGAGAUAGUAUGGAAAUUGCGCCAUUCGCGUAUCUCUUCCCUUCCGCUCGUCAUUUCCCUUUCCCCCCUCGAAACUAUGUGCACUGGACUCAGACCCCUGAAUCCCAUCUCUACUCGGCCGACAUACCAGGUGUGCGGAAGGAGGAGAUAAAGGUGGAGGUGGAGGACUCCAGGUACCUCAUCAUAAGAACGGAGGCGGUGGCGGACCGGAGCUUCAGCCGAAAAUUCCGGCUGCCGGAGCGGGUGGAUGUGGAGGGCAUUUCGGCGGAGUACGUGGACGGCGUGUUGACGGUGAAGGUGCCUAGAUCCUACAUCAGGAUGGGGUUUUUCAUUGAUCCACCUCAUACCAUGGAUCUCACUGCCACUGCUGCUUGAAUUUGCUCCUCCUAUUUCAUAUGUUAAUGUAUGUGUGUGGCUUGGAUGAAAUUCUUUAAAAUAUGCAUAUCAUAUAGUAGUAGUUGGUAUUUGAAUCAUUGUUGAAAUUCUCCAUUUUGUUCAGUAGAAUGAAAAAUGGUCGCUGUUUGGCA